UUGAGAUGAGAGCGGUGGUGCAUGAUCUCAAUCUGAGGUGCACUUCUCCAAGAGGUCGGAGGUGGGAGCUGUGCGCGCGGAGAGAGCCGCGUGAGAUAGUGCUGUGGGCAGACUUCAGUUGGAGAACUCCGCUGCGAGACAGGAGCGACGCGAGCGAGUUUAUGAAGAGCCGCGGAGGAGUUUGACGCAAAAACAAAGCGGGGUUCUGCUGCGCCGAUCUGAGCGGAGACGAUUCGGAGGAGUCCAGAGGGCGUUCAGAUUCAUGCCUAAGGAGACGGGCUGCGAGGAAAUGUGUUGUUAUCAGAGCUUUGCGUUUUGGGAAUAGAGGAAAACGAGGAGGGUGCUCCAAAAUCUGUAGAGGCUUUGAUCGUAUCAGGAACAAGCUCCCAGCAUACUCUCAGCUUUGGCAUCAGCUCCAGAAUUGGGGAGCCAGCCAAGCCAGGCUGUCAGUGUGCAUUGGAGCUGCAGGGAGACGGUGGGAAGUUUCUGCAAGUGCAGAGAGGCAGAGCUGCAGUUCCUGGAGGGGAAGACAUCCCAGCUUUUACUGCUCAGGCUCGGAUCGCCGUGGCUUGAAGGAAGUUGGCGUGAUGUUGCUGUUGGCCCGGCUCGCAGUUCUCCUGGUUAGCGGGCUUGCAUCGCUGAGCUGUGGUUCUGAUGCCAACAUGUUAGAGAGCAUGCUCCUGAAGAGUGGAUGGAAGGAUGGAUCGGAGCGCAGGGCGGAGGAGAGCAGCACAGCCAGCGCCUCGGUUGAGAACACACUGCGGUGCCACUGCUACCCGCAGUGCCCCGAAGGCUCUGUCAACAACACGUGCAUGACUAACGGUUUCUGCUUCACCAUGGUUACGGAGGAGGAGGGGGGUCAAGCUGUGCUGGCAGCAGGAUGUUUACCGCUGGCGGGCUCCGAGUUCCAGUGCAGAGAUUCAUGGUCUGCGCGCUCGUGGAGAAAUCUGGAGUGCUGCACGAAUCGGGACUAUUGCAACAGAGACCUCCACCCAACGCUCCCCCCGCUCGUGACAUCAGAGUUCAUGAACAGCAGUAUCCAGUACAUCACUCUCUUCACUACAGUCACACUCUGCGGCAUCAUCUUAGUCAUCGUUGCCUUCUGCUACUUCAGAUAUAAGCGUCAGGCGUCACAACCACGCUACAGCACAGAUCUUGAGCAGGAUGAGAUUUACAUCCCACCGGGAGAUUCUCUGAAAGACCUGAUGGAGCAUUCCCACAGCAUCGGGUCAGGAUCUGGGUCAGGACUCCCUCUGCUGGUUCAGCGCACCAUUGCCAGGCAGAUCCAGAUGGUUAAACAGAUCGGAAAAGGCCGAUAUGGAGAAGUCUGGAUGGGCAAAUGGAGGGAGGAGAAGGUGGCUGUGAAAGUCUUCUUCACCACUGAGGAGGAAAGCUGGUUCAGAGAGACAGAGAUCUAUCAGACCUUCCUGAUGAGGCAUGACAACAUACUGGGGUUCAUAGCAGCUGAUAUUAAAGGAACCGGCUCGUGGACUCAGCUGUACCUCAUUACAGACUACCACGAGAAUGGCUCCUUGUACGACUACCUUAAGUCUAACACCUUAGAUGUCACGGCUUUGCUCAAGCUGGCCUUCUCCUCCAUCUCAGGCCUCUGUCACUUACACACAGAGAUCUACGGCACUCAGGGCAAGCCCGCAAUCGCACACCGAGAUCUGAAGAGCAAAAACAUCCUCGUCAAGAAGAACGGCUCCUGCUGCAUCGCAGACUUGGGGCUCGCUGUUAAGUACAAAAGUGACACGGAUGAGGUCGACAUCCCUCCUAACUUGAGAGUGGGAACCAAGCGCUACAUGCCACCUGAGGUGUUGGAAGAGACCUUGAACCGGAGCACGUUCCAGUCUUUUAUAAUGGCCGACAUGUACAGCUUUGGUCUUAUCCUCUGGGAGAUGGCCCGGCGUUGCAUCUCUGGGGGCAUUGUGGAGGAGUAUCAGCUGCCCUAUUACGACCUCGUGCCCACCGACCCGUCCUAUGAGGACAUGAGAGAAGUCGUUUGCAUAAAGAAACAGAGACCUUUAUUUGUUAAUCAUUGGAGCAAUGAGUGUCUAAGACAGAUGGGGAAGCUGAUGUCGGAGUGUUGGGCUCACAACCCGGCCUGUCGCCUCACAGCCUUGCGGGUGAGGAAGACAGUGGCGAAGAUGUUAGAAUCCCAGGACAUCAAACUGUGACGGAAUCAGAAGAGGCGCUUUCAUCACUCAUAGACUUGUCAUUGCCACUGGCACGGACCACUUAUACUGGCCAGCAGAAGAAAGGGAACAAUGAGAGACUGAAGGAUGGAAUAAAGGAGACUGACAGGUGGGAUAACCGGUGACCUUGGAGCCAGAAACAAUCAGAUGCAGGAGGUUUUGAUGAGCUCUUCCGUUGUUUGAGAAAGCUCUGCUUCAGACCAACACUUCAGGUUGUGCUUUCUGUGAAAGCUGCAGAUCCAGACUGUCCAGAUGGACAAAUAUUUAAGAACCGCUGCAGGUGAGGACUCUGAUCGGGUGGGACAGAGGGAGUUCUUGCACUGCUUUGAAGCCAUAUUGUGAGCAUUUGUUUUCUGUGAAAUAUCUUAUUCUUUUUUUGAGACUUCAUGCAUGAAAAGUUGAUAAACUCCCACAAAGGACCAUCUGAAGUAGCUUUCUGACCUCAAAGUUGUAUUGUUUUGCAGCAGAAAAAAGUAAGGUUUACAUAAUUUUUAUAUAUAAAGUAUUUCUAAAAUUAUUUUCCUUUAAUUUUAAACAGAAUUCUUUUUUUUAAGUAUUAAUAAACUUGUUUGACCUUACUCCAAUUGCCUGGAAUGAUGUUAAAUCUACGGCUCUGGAUCUGGAUGAUGUUCCCCAAUUAAAACUGUUUGGAGGA